AAUUCUAAUGCUUGUUUUUCUUGGAUAUUUAAAAUUGGAUUCUUUUAGUGAUAAGGGGUAGUACGCUAUUUUGAGAGAUUACUUACUGAGUAAGAAAGACUUGAGGUUUUUUGUUUUUUUCUUUGUUUUUGAUUUUGUUUUUACUUGCUUGAGGUAUAUGAUGAAGUAAGAGGCGGUUUGGAUACUUGGAAUUUGACUUGAAGUUAUUUUUCCCUUGGUAAUGGGCAUGGUUUAGAUUUUCUACUUUUCGCCCCCUCCACUGCCAACCAAUACCAGUACCUUGUUGAAACUGGUAUUAACCAGACUUGAUCCUACUUGGAUUUUGCUUUUCCUUUGAGGGAAUGGAUUGUUAAUACUUCCAUGUGUAGAUUUGGGGAAAAUUUGGGGGGUAUAAGCUUCUGGUCUGUUUGGUUAACAUGGCUGUUCAUGGUACUAGAUUCUGGAAUUUGCCUUAAGAUUCAUGUUUGAAGUAAUUCUGUUUUAUGGUUCUUUGCUUUCAUAUUUAUAACAUUUACAAAGCUCUUCAAUGGGUUAAAGAAUUUUGUGAAAAUAGAACUAAGAAAAAUUGUCAGUUGGUGUAAUAAAAACCAGUUGGCUUUGAUUUUUUGCUCUUAUGGAACUGGACACUAGGGAGGCGCUCUUGAGUUGUAAAAGUUAGUUACCCCUUUUAUUACUUGUGGUGUGGGAAAAGAUUUAAAAUUUUUCUUAUUUGUAGAAUUUUGACAUUAUUACACAAAGCUUAGAUAUUAGGAGAUUAAGCUUUUGCAUUUAUUUAUAAAUCAUGUUUCUUGGGGUGGGGGUUAAUUUUUUUAAACAAGAUUAACUAUUAUUUAAUCAAUGGCUCAGUCUAAGAACUGCCCCUCUUUCAAAAUGGCUUGAUAAAGCACCACUUCCUGUCCAGAGAGGAAGUAAUUUUAGCUCAAGGACUGAAAUAUUUAGCAGAUCUUUAAACAAAAGGAACAAAUUACAUUUUUGUCUGGCUUGAAAAGGGUGCUUGAACCAGAGGGGGUUAAGAUGCCCUCCCUCCUCCCUGUGGGGGUGAUUUGAAGAAGCCAUAGGGUGUGUAUGGGUGUGUGUGUGUGGGGUCCUUAGGCUCCCUUCUUAGAUGGAGGCUUGCUUUUUUUUUUUUUUUUUUUUUUUUUUUUAGUAGGAAUGAAGGGGUGGGUCUAUGGUACAUCACCUGAGUUGUGGGGUAAAUGUAGAGAGUGUCAAUCAAAGGCAGAGCUCUCAGAGCUGGGAAGGAGGCUCUAGAUGGCGGCUGUGCCUUAGAGAGCGCGCUCAGCUCAGCUCCCUGCCUUCUCCACACUUUACGCAACUUUCUCUAACUUUCGGGCAGCCUCAGGGGGCCCCCGCAGCCCCCUUCUUUUCCUGGUGACCUGGUGGGGUAGAUUCGAGCCAUUUUUACGGAGAAAAGCAGCUUUUAGGGGGUCUUUUUUCGUGCCUUGUUGGAAAGAAGAAGCCCGUACUGAGAGCCAGGUCGUUGUUUUUUCCAGCUUAGAAGCCAUGGCGCACCUCCAUUUUUGUGCGCUCUCCUAAUGAGCUUUUUCCCCCGGACCUUUUUUGUAUUAAUUAUCGCUUAUUUUUUUUAAACAGUAAACCUUUUUGGAUAGUUUUUAUUUAUUUUUUGUUCUUAAGAGGACAUUUAACGUUUAUUUUUUAAUUAUUCGGGAAUCUAAUGUUUUUCUACUACUAGAUACUCUCGGUUUGGACCUGCUACAUGGAUCAGUAAAUACCUGAGCACAAGACUUCAAAGCAAACACAGAUUCACCUCCCCCCUUUUAAUAUUUAAGAAUUAAAAGAUGAUGAGAAAUAAGGACAAAAGCCAAGAAGAGGACGGUUCAGUACACAGCAAUGCAUCGAGUCAUUCAGCAUCUGAAGAAGCAUCAGGCUCAGACUCAGCUAGCCAGUCUGAAAGUGAACAGGGCAGUGAGCCAGGCAGUGGGCAUGGCAGCGAAUCAAACAGCAGUUCCGAAUCUUCAGAGAGUCAGACUGAGUCCGAAAGCGAAUCAGCAGGUUCCAAAUCCCAGCAAACCCCACCGGAAGCCAAAGAAAAGCCAGCCUCUAAGAAGGAACGUAUAGCUGAUGUUAAAAAGAUGUGGGAAGAGUAUCCUGAUGUGUAUGGCGUUAGGAGGUCAAAUCGAAGCCGACAGGAACCAUCUAGAUUUAAUAUUAAAGAAGAGGCAAGUAGUGGUUCUGAAUGUGGGAGCCCAAAAAGAAGAGGCCAGAGGAUACUGAAAAAACAAGAAAAAUGGAAAAAGGAGGCUUCUGAGGAAGAGGAUGAGGAAGAUGAACAAGAGCAAGGUACUAGUGCGGAGAGUGAACCAGAACAAAAAAAAGUGAAAGCCAGACGCCCUGUCUUAAGGAGAGCAGUGCCUAAAACCAGUGUUAAAAAGCAACAUAAACCACAGCGUGGAAAAAGAAGAAAGAAACAAGAUUCUUCUGAUGAUGACGAUGACGAUGAUGAUGACGAGACUCCAAAAAGGCAAACUCGUCGCAGAGCUGCCAAGAAUGUCAGUUAUAAAGAAGAUGAUGAUUUUGAAACUGACUCAGAUGAUCUCAUUGAAAUGACUGGAGAAGGAGUUGAAGAACAACAUGAUAAUAGUGAGACAAUUGAAAAGGUCAUGGAUGCAAGAUUUGGGAAAAAAGGUGCCACCGGAGCUUCCACUACUGUUUAUGCAACUGAAGCUAAUGGCAACCCUAGUGCUGACUUUGACCCUGAAAAGGACGAGGGAGAAGUUCAAUACCUGAUUAAAUGGAAGGGCUGGUCCUAUAUCCACAGCACAUGGGAGAGUGAAGAAUCCCUACAGCAACAGAAAGUGAAGGGGAUGAAAAAACUGGAAAACUUUAAGAAAAAAGAGGAUGAAAUCAAACAAUGGUUAGGGAAAGUUUCACCAGAAGAUGUGGAGUACUUUAAUUGCCAACAAGAGUUAGCCUCUGAGCUAAAUAAACAGUAUCAAAUAGUGGAGAGAGUGAUAGCUGUGAAGACCAGUAAGUCAACAUCUGGUCAUACAGAAUUUCCAGCUCACAGUCGGAAAUCAUCAUCAAAUGAACCUGAAUAUCUAUGCAAAUGGAUGGGAUUGCCAUAUGCAGAAUGUAGUUGGGAAGAUGAAGCUCUGAUUGGGAAGAAAUUCCGAAACUGUAUUGACAGCUUCCACAAUAGGAACAACUCAAAAACCAUCCCCACAAGAGACUGCAAGGUCCUGAAGCAGAGACCGAGGUUUGUUGCUUUAAAAAAACAACCAGCCUACAUAGGUGGAGAGAACCUGGAGCUCCGAGAUUAUCAGUUAGAAGGCCUUAAUUGGCUUGCUCACUCCUGGUGCAAGAGUAACAGUGUGAUUCUUGCUGAUGAAAUGGGCCUAGGAAAAACCAUCCAGACCAUAUCAUUCCUCUCCUAUUUGUUCCAUCAACACCAGCUGUAUGGCCCCUUUCUUGUAGUGGUACCUUUAUCUACUCUCACUUCAUGGCAGAGGGAAUUUGAAGUAUGGGCACCAGAGAUUAAUGUAGUGGUUUACAUCGGAGACCUGAUGAGCAGAAAUACGAUACGGGAAUAUGAAUGGAUCCAUUCUCAAACCAAGAGGCUAAAGUUUAAUGCACUCAUAACAACAUAUGAGAUCCUCCUAAAAGAUAAGACUGUGCUGGGCAGUAUUAACUGGGCCUUUCUGGGAGUGGAUGAAGCCCAUCGGUUGAAGAAUGAUGACUCUUUAUUGUAUAAAACUCUGAUUGAUUUCAAGUCCAACCAUAGGCUCCUGAUUACUGGGACCCCUCUUCAGAAUUCCCUCAAAGAGCUCUGGUCCUUGCUGCACUUUAUUAUGCCAGAGAAGUUUGAGUUCUGGGAAGAUUUUGAAGAUGACCAUGGAAAGGGGAGAGAGAAUGGUUACCAGAGUCUUCAUAAGGUUCUAGAGCCUUUCCUUCUUCGAAGAGUGAAAAAGGAUGUAGAAAAAUCCCUUCCAGCCAAAGUGGAACAGAUUCUCAGGGUGGAGAUGUCUGUACUUCAGAAGCAGUAUUAUAAGUGGAUUUUGACCAGGAAUUACAAGGCCCUCUCCAAAGGGACAAGAGGCAGCACAUCUGGCUUCCUUAAUAUUGUGAUGGAACUGAAAAAAUGCUGUAACCACUGCUACCUGAUUAAGCCUCCUGAAGAGAACGAACGUGAAAAUGGGCAGGAGAUUUUGCUGUCCCUGAUCAGGAGCAGUGGGAAGCUGAUCCUUUUAGACAAACUAUUAACAAGACUUCGAGAGAGGGGGAACAGAGUUCUGAUCUUCUCCCAGAUGGUGAGGAUGCUGGAUAUCCUGGCUGAAUACCUGACUAUUAAGCAUUAUCCUUUCCAGCGUCUGGAUGGUUCAAUUAAGGGAGAAAUCCGAAAGCAGGCACUGGACCACUUCAAUGCAGAUGGAUCUGAGGACUUCUGCUUUCUGCUCUCUACACGGGCGGGUGGCCUAGGAAUUAACUUGGCUUCAGCGGAUACUGUGGUCAUCUUCGACUCUGACUGGAACCCCCAGAAUGACUUACAAGCCCAAGCCCGAGCACAUCGGAUUGGACAGAAGAAGCAGGUGAACAUUUACCGCUUGGUUACAAAGGGGACAGUAGAGGAAGAGAUCAUUGAACGAGCCAAAAAGAAGAUGGUACUGGAUCAUUUAGUGAUCCAGCGUAUGGAUACCACAGGCCGUACUGUCUUGGAUAACAACUCGGGCAGGUCGAAUUCUAAUCCUUUCAACAAAGAAGAGCUCACAGCUAUUUUGAAAUUUGGAGCAGAAGAUCUCUUCAAAGAACUAGAAGGGGAGGAGUCAGAGCCUCAGGAAAUGGACAUAGAUGAAAUUUUACGAUUGGCUGAAACCAGAGAGAAUGAAGUGUCGACAAGUGCAACCGAUGAGCUUCUAUCGCAGUUCAAGGUGGCCAAUUUUGCAACCAUGGAAGAUGAGGAAACUGAAUUGGAAGAACGAUCACAUAAGGACUGGGAUGAGAUCAUUCCAGAGGAUCAGAGGAAGAAAGUAGAGGAGGAGGAACGACAGAAAGAAUUAGAAGAAAUUUAUAUGCUGCCCCGAAUUCGGAGCUCUGCAAAAAAGGCUCAGGCUAAUGAUAGUGACUCAGAUGUUGAGUCCAAAAGAAGGGCCCAGAGGUCUUCUGGUUCAGAGAGUGAGACAGAUGACACUGAUGAUGACAAGAGGCCAAAGCGCAGAGGACGUCCUCGGAGUGUCAGAAAAGACCUUGUAGAGGGAUUUACAGAUGCUGAGAUUCGAAGGUUCAUCAAAGCAUAUAAGAAAUUCGGGCUUCCUCUUGAACGUCUAGAGUGCAUUGCUCGGGAUGCUGAGCUGGUAGAUAAGUCUGUAGCAGAUCUGAAGCGAUUGGGUGAAUUGAUUCACAACAGCUGUGUGUCAGCAAUGCAAGAAUAUGAGGAACAACUGAAAGAAAAUGCCAGCGAAGGGAAAGGACCAGGGAAAAGAAGGGGCCCUACUAUCAAGAUUUCUGGGGUUCAAGUCAAUGUUAAAUCUAUUAUUCAGCAUGAAGAAGAGUUUGAGAUGUUACACAAAUCUAUUCCUAUGGACCCUGAGGAAAAAAAAAAAUACUGCUUAACCUGCCGUGUCAAAGCUGCACAUUUUGAUGUAGAUUGGGGAGUGGAGGAUGAUUCUCGUUUGCUGUUGGGCAUUUAUGAACAUGGCUAUGGCAACUGGGAGUUAAUUAAAACAGAUCCAGAGCUUAAAUUAACUGACAAAAUAUUACCUGUUGAGACAGAUAAAAAACCUCAGGGAAAGCAGCUGCAAACUCGAGCUGACUAUCUGUUAAAGCUGCUGAAGAAAGACUUAGACAAAAAGGAGUUGGUUAAAGAGGGUGAAGAGACCAAAUUAAAGAAGCGAAAGCCCCGUGUGAAGAAGGAAAACAAGGCUCCUAGAGUGAAAGAUGAGCAUGGAAAUGAAUUCUCAUCCCCUAGGCAUUCAGACAAUCCAUCAGAAGAGGGGGAAGUCAAGGAUGAUGGCUUGGAAAAAAGCCCCAUGAAAAAGAAGCAAAAGAAAAAAGAAAACAAGGAGAACAAGGAGAAACAGAUGGGUUCUAAGAAAGAAAAGGAAGGAGAUAAGGAAAGAAAAAAGUCAAAGGAUAAGAAAGAAAAGCCUAAAGCAGGUGAUGCCAAAGCUGGAAGUAAAUCAAAAAGAGCUCAAGGCCCUGUCCAUAUCACUGCAGGAAGUGAACCAAUCCCCAUUGGAGAAGAUGAAGAUGAUGAACUAGACCAGGAAACAUUCAGCAUAUGCAAAGAGAGGAUGAGGCCAGUGAAAAAGGCUUUGAAGCAGCUGGAUAAACCAGACAAGGGACUCACUGUGCAGGAACAGCUAGAGCACACCCGAAACUGCCUCCUGAAGAUUGGGGACCGAAUAUCAGAGUGCCUUAAAGCCUACUCUGAUCAGGAGCACAUCAAACUGUGGAGGAGGUACCGAGGAGACUGGCAAAGAGAGAGGAAGUUCAAUUAUGGUGGCAACAGCAACCAACUCUGGGGUGGAGAUCGGCAUCACCAGUAUGAACAGCACUGGUAUAAGGAUCACCACUAUGGGGACCGGCGCUCUCAUGGUGAACCCCAUCGUUCUGCGAAUUAUCGUCCAAACAACCUGUCACGCAAGAGGCCAUAUGACCCAUACAGCAGUGACCGAGACCAUCGGGGACACAGAGAUUAUUAUGACAGACAUCAUCAUGAUUCAAAACGACGAAGAUCUGAUGAGUUCAGGCCUCAAAAUUACCACCAGCAAGAUUUCCGGAGAAUGUCUGAUCAUCGUCCCCCUAUGGGUUACCAUGGCCAGGGUCCCUCAGAUCAUUAUCGAUCUUUCCACACAGACAAAUCGGGAGACUACAAACAGCCACUACCCCCUCCACACCCUGCAGUCACAGACCCUCGAUCACCACCAUCUCAGAAAUCUCCCCAUGAUUCAAAGUCACCUCUGGAUCACAGGUCUCCCUUGGAUAGGUCACUAGAACAAAAAAACAACCCAGAUUAUAACUGGAAUGUUCGGAAAACAUAAAUCAAAGGUCAAAGCGGAGGAGAACAAGAGUGAGCAAGCAUCUGAUGAUUUUUGGUCUGAUCCAAAAGAUAACCAGUUAUCAAAAUGAGUAACUGGAGACUCUGAACAUGCUGCUGCUGCCACUUCACUGGCUGAAGGAGGACUUCAGGGAGUGGGGAGGACUUUAGUUCUGGUGGAGAUUUGAUUUUGGUUACUACCUUUACACUCCUGCUAUAGUUUCCAUUUUCAUUCUAUCCUCCCGUGCUGCCAGAAGGAAAGAGGUGUCAUUUUAUCUGUGGGCUUUUGUGGGGUUAUUACACCCCCAUUGAAGGAAGAACAAGAAUUGAUUGGAUUUGUAACCUGUUUUGUUUUGUUUUGUUUUUUUGGUUAUUGUUUUUUACAACUAGGUGCAGUAUUUCCUUACUCUGAUUUGGUCAGGGGAGGGAAUGAACGAUUGCUGCUUAGGAAUUAAUGAACAGUGCUUGAUUUGAUUCACUAUUAUAUGAUGGAUGCUGCUGAUGGGGGGGGGAAGUCUGAUUUCAUUCUGGCAUGAUAGUAUUUGAAGGUGAGCAGGUGAGCCCUUCAAAUGACUAAAUGAGCUCUCAGCAUGUCUUUAGAAGAAAUGUAGGAGCAAUAGACUUAGGUGUGGCCCACCCAGGAAGGGAGGGUAAGAGCUGAGGGUAGUGGCACUGGUGCAGCUGUCUCUAUCCAGUCUACACUAAUUUUCCCACAUUGUCUUUGUACAUUUCAAAGGUUUGGUUUUCUGUAGUCCUAUUGUUUACCUCCAGAAUGAGGAAAACUGGCUACUAUGGCUGAACUUCAGUACUGUGACAUUGGAAUUAACUUGGAUUUUAUUUUUUGAGGGGGGAGGAGGGAGGUAAAGGAGGGAAGGACAAGGACAGAAAUCUUGAAUCCCUAAUGAGGUGUCUGAUUCACCCAGUAAAAAGGCUCAUUAAACAUUUGGUGCUAGCUAGCAUAUGAUACUGGGCUGUAGAUUCUGAAUGGGCUUCACAUUGUGUGGGGCAUUUAGUAGUGCUAGCAAAUGAAAGGGGCUUUCAGUAUUUUAACAAUUUAACAUCUGUAGAUUUUUAUUCCUUUUACACAAAUUAAAAGAGGUAGAACUCAUAAAGAAUCAUAUCUGCUGAUAAACAGCUGGUCAGGUAAAAAAAGGAUUAGCUGCAGUGAGUAGGCUGUCAGAUGGCUGGCUUGAGGUCAUUGCAGUUUGAGUUUUAGUUGCAUUCAGGAUAAGAGCAGACAAUACCCAAGGGGAUUUAUAGCUAAUAAAGGAGGCGUGGGGGGGGGGGGAACCAAAUGAGUUUAAUUGAGAAGGUUAAUUGAAUCAGAAUAGUUCGGGGAGGGGAAGGUUGGUGUGGUGGAGGGACAAAAUUGUAUGCCCACCUCGGAAAGGCUGGGGCUAUCAUUUUUAUUCAUUUUAAGCCCUAGUUCAUCAGUAUUCUUAAAUAUGCUAGUGUCCAAAGUCAUAACUAGAUGAAGAGAGGAUAUUUGACUAGAAUACGCAAUGAAACUUGGUAAUAAAUUCAAGCCUACCAGGUGUAAAGAACCAGGAUCAGAAGUGGUACACAUAAGUAUGAUUAUUUGGGCUCCCAUUCUAUUGGGAUACCCCAGGAGUUUAAGUUCCUGGAAAUGCCUUGUGGAUCUUGUUAAGAAAAUAUCAUCACUUAUUUGCCAUGCGUAUGGGCAAUUCUAUUAAAGACACUCCCAAGAAAUGCCUCUAUUGUCUAAUGCCACUUAAGCAGAAAUGGUUUCGUGGUCCAUUGCUCCGUGCUGAGCAUAUCAUGGAAACAGCCAGUGAUCCAGGUCAUCGUGGGAGACGCAGAAAAUUCCGAAGCUUACGCGUUUGGCUAUGCAGCAGUUUUUGGUGGGCACUUUUUCUUUUUAAAAAAAUUUUUUUUUUACCCCAUGGUGCUUUUGGUUCUUCAGCCUGGACUUUCACAAUGGAAGCAUUGAAGCCAAGCACCCAAACGUGUCAUAUUGCACAUAUCAGAAAUAAUCCUAUCAAGGAUUUAGAGCAAAUAUAACUGAGGAAAUUGGGAAAUAUUCUGUCCCUUUAUCAGCCACAAAGUGCUGUGGAAACAAAAAACUUUACCUUUGCUAAUAGUUUUGGCGCCAUCCAAGUUUGUCUUAUCCAAGGCAAACCAGAAAGUGUUAAGAAAGCUCCUUUUAAUCUCAGCUGAUAGAAUGGUGGGCUGGUGAGGGAUUGAGGUAUAUUUUUCCCUUUGGGAAUUCAGAUUAUGGCUUUUCCUACAGCUUUCAGUAGUCUUUAAUGAAGGUAUGGGUGGAUGGUUGGAGAUACCUUUUGAUAUUCAUCAAUAUUUGAUUUCAUCGAACUAGUUAGGCAAGGGAUGUUAUGCACAAAAAUGUCUCAUCAUGAGGGAAAAAACAACUUCACAUUGUUCACAUUCAUAAAAUGUUUUUGUCAAGACUUUUAGUGCCAUAAGAUGUAGCAAAAGGCAAUACUGGCCAGAUCAGUGUUAAAUUGAUUGUGUAACUACAGUAUCCCAAAUACAUUUAUACACGUUUGGCAUCUGAGCUAUGUCUAAGAGGGGGUAAGGAGAAAGGUGUUUCCUUCUUCAAAAUCAAAAUCAUUGUGACAAAAUGGUAUAUUUAAAGAAAACAAAAAGAAAUAAUGCAUGGAUGGAAGUUAUGUCUCUGUUUGGAGAAAAGAGGAAUUGCCAUGGGAACCUCAGGAGUUUUCAGGACCCCAGAUUGGAGAGAUGUGUUUAGAGAUUUUUUUGGCAGUGAUGCUACAGAGAAAGAAAGGUAACAUCACACCCAUUAAAAACAGUACCUGAAUGUAAACAAAAACACCAAUAGCUGAAAUGAUAUAGCCUUCAGUGGUAAUGUAAAACCAAAAAGUGAACUUUUAAAGCAUUCAGUUAAAGUCCAAAGGGGAUACAGCUGAGCACUCUGUGAGGAUUGAUGGCAAUGUCUUUUCCUGCUUUUCCUUCCUUCUACCUUCCAUAGCUACACCCUACCCUCUAGUCAGUCAUUCCUUAAGCCUUUUUAAUGGGAAAAGUGAAAACUUCUCACCUCUUGCUGCAUUUUAAAGUUAAGUACAUUCUAGCCUGAUGUCUGAAAAUUUUCAUCAGGAAGUGUGGUGCAAACCUGAUUCAGUUAUGAAUUUACACUUAUAACCCGAAAAUUCUACAGACCAAAACUUAUGGUCAACAAGAAUUGUUGAUCCAGUGCCCAGUACAUGUGGAGCUUCUGACUGAGAUCUUGCUGUGAUCGAGGUAGGAGAUCCGUGCCAACGAUCCAGACGGCUGUAGUCCAUUUGCCCCCAGUAGUGUGGGGACAGACAGUUUCUCUUUCUUGUAAAAUUGUGGACUUUUAAGACCUGUUAAUUAAAACAGUAAUUAAUAUUAAUUUAUAUUUGUGAAAAAAAUGCCACUGUCCUAGUGAUUUCUGAUGUAAAUAUGUUGUUUAUAUAGUAUGUAUUAAAUUUUCCUACAUUGUAAAA